GAUCUCCUUUUAGCCUCUACUGGUACCAGAUUCUCCCUUCAUCGUUUUCACCGAAUCAUGUUUGUUUCUUUCACCGAUUAUUGGGUCUUUAAUUGGCUUGGUUCCUGGGUGGAUCUAUAGUGUUAUUCAGUCCUGGUGUUAUUGCCUUUUGAUCUGAUCCAUGCACAUCUCUUUUAUUUUUGGUCUGAUCCAUGCACAUCUCUUUUAUUUUUGGUCUGAUCCAUGCACAUCUCUUCUGGGUUUUGCUUCUCUCCGACUGAUAAAGUUAUAUACGUUGCGUAGAGUUUCUCACUUUCAGUUUAGUGCACACUUAUUCACUUGUUAUACAUCAACACAGAACUGCGUGUUUGGAUUUGUUUUGGUCUUGAUUUACGUGGCUUUCGUCUCUGGCUGGCCAUGUGGGUUUUAAACUUUCUUGCCGUACGAACCUGAAUUGUGUAUUUUUAUUUGCUUGGCUUAUGUUCUGAACUGAAUUUUUAUUUGCUUGGCUUAUUUUUAUUUUUAUUUAGGUCCUUGCAAAAUUAUCUCGUCACCUGCUCCUGUUUUCACUCUCAUUGAGUUUUUUAUUUUCAAUUGUCAGCAUAUGCUAGCCUUUAGUAUUUUGCCAUUGGCAAAGCAACAUCCUGUGUUAUGGAAACCAUUGUGGUCUCUUCCUGACGCAGUUAUAUUUAGUUUUUUUUUUUUUUCCAAUUGUUAAUAAGUAUAUGGGUAGCCUUUAGUAUCUUUUUCAUUGUUUUUCCUGAGGCACUUUUAUUUAGUUUUGUUUAUGUAUAUUGUAGUAUCCUAACCGCGGGAUUGCUGAUCGAUUUAUGCAAAAUGCUAUAGUGAGUGAAAGCCAGUGCAUCCUGGUGACUCCUGCUUCCAAGACUACUUUCUUGCCAGAGGAGCUGUGUAUAGGAUUUGGUAUCUGCGUGAAGAGAUACCCUUUCGAAGCUGUUCAGAUAAUCAAACCAAAUCUAGGCAGGUUGGAUAAUCCUCAGAACUGGCAAAAAUAUUUGACUCACAUCCGCGGGUCAGAACUUGAAAGCUAUCUCACCCGAGUGGUAGAAGAAAAUCUAAAGCCCCAACAUGUCGACCAAAUAAAAAAAAUUGUGAAUAUGCUGGACGAGAGAGAAAUGCUGGUGCAGAUUUGUGCUGGUCUGGGGUUGGACCGUAGAGCAAAAGAAGUAUUUGGUGGAGAGCUGCAGUGGUUUGCGAUUGCCAUAGGUUUCAUAGAGAAGGCUGAAACUUAUAUGUUGGACGAUAGCCGUUUGUUGAAAUGUGGAGAAGUGACAACAAUGUCUGAUCUUCCAGAUGAUUUGGCAGAAGAGAUAUUGUCUAGGGUUCCGUUGACAUCCCUAAGUGCAGUGCGUUCCACUUGCAGAAAGUGGAAUGAUUUAUCCAAAAACCAGGUUUUUGGUAAGUCAGCAUCAACAGGAAGGAAGCAGUUUCUUGGGUUCAUGCUGAAAGAUUAUAAGGUUUGUUCGAUGAAGUUUGAUCUCCAAGGAAUUGGAAACGAAGGAGACUUCGUUGAUCCAUCUAUAAAGGAAGUCAGUAUACUUGACCAAGUAGAAAUCACUCAGGUCUUUCACUGUGGAGGUUUAUUGCUAUGUGUCACCAAGGACAGGUCGAGACUUUUGGUGUGGAAUCCUUAUUUGGGGCAAACAAGGUGGAUCCAACCAAGAAACACUUUCCGAAGUGAAGACAGAUAUGCUGUUGGAUAUGACAAGAACCGUAACUACAAAAUCUUGAGGGUUUUUGGCAAGUAUGACACCAAAGGUGAAUUUGGAAGCGUCGACAAAUACCUGAUUUUUGGGUACGAAAUAUACGAGUUGAGCUCUAGUUCGUGGAAGGUUUUUAACGUCAGUCCCGACUGGAAUAUAGAUAGUUAUCAACACGGCGUGUCUUUGAAGGGUCAUACUUAUUUUUUGGCUGAAGAGAGGUGGACGAUAGGUAGAAGAAAUAAAACUGAGGAGAUAAUCUCUUUUGAUUUUACAACAGAAAAAUUUGGAAAGCGGUUGCCUCUUCCGUUUAAAACUCAUGAUGUAGGCAACUUUGUGUCUCUAUCUUGUGUCAGAGAAGAGCAGCUUGCGGUAUUACAUCAAAGCAGCGUGAUUGAUCACACAUUGGAGAUUUGGGUCUCAAGUAAUAUUGAUCUGGGUGCAGUUUCGUGGAGCAAGUUCUUGAGAACCACCUCUUUCUGUCGGGUUGAUUUUCAAGCUGGUAGUUUCUUCAUAGACGAGGAGAAGAAAGUUGCUGUGGUUGUCGAUUUGGACAAUGGUGGACAAGCACGGACUGAGACCCAUUACAACCAAAGAGCUAACAUAAUUGGAGAAGAUGAAUAUUUCAAACCUGUGAAUGUUGGAGAGGCCCUGGAUCAUGGAAAACUUAACAAAUUUGGAUUUUUGAUCUCUGAUUUAUGUCGCCCAGUUGUGUGCUCUUAUGUUCCAAGCACAGCGCAACUGCAAAUGCAACCGUGAACAUGGAAAGAAGGCGAUGAUUAAUCAGUUCCAAUUUCAACAAUUGGCUGUCAAUUGUUAGUUUGUCUUUUGAUAUAUAUCAUCAUCUAACUAUGAUUAUGUUUGCUUAAGUUAAGUGGUAAAUUAUUUCCUCUGAA